AUGAUCGACCUGAGCUUCCUGACCGAGGAGGAGCGGGGCGUCAUCAUGACCGUGCUGAGGAGGGACGCCCAACUCAAACAGGCCGAGGAGCAGAGAAUCAGGAAACUAGAGAGCAUCCUGAGCCAAGGUUCAUCAUCAGACUCAAAGUUGAAGUACCUGACAGGCCAGUGGUUCUAUGAGGCCAAGUCUCGCAGACAAAUGGGCAGAAUCCAUGGCUCCGAAAUCAUCCUGGCCUCCAUGAAACAGAGGAGAGCUUCAGAAGGUUCUUUUAGAGCUGAAAGGCCGAAAGCACCCGGCACUCCACGUUCUGGCGUGGAGGCUCCACAGAAACCUGCCAGAUGUUUGGACAUGCCACAGGAACCAAAUAAUGCAAAGAAUGAAGAUCACACAUCAGCAGUCCAUUCUCCAAGAAUGGCAAGACACAACCCUUUUAAUCGAGCUUCCCUCAUUGUUGUUGAGCCAACUGAAGAGGACUCUGAGACAGAGCCCACAUCCCCUCUGAAGUAUCAGCAACCGGGUGGAAGCAGUCAGACAUCAGGGACCUCCAUGACAUCCGAGGGCUCCUCUGCAGGUUUCAGGCCCAUCCCUAAAAAGAGGACAUUUGUCUUAAGGCGGACCCCCAUCCUGUCGGACAGCAAUGGCGUAGACUUGGACCCUCAACCGGUCUUGGCUGGGGUCGCCCCUGCCCCGAGACAGACCCUUAAUCAGGGCUUGAGUGGAAGCUCCAACAGAUCCAAGAGUGAGGCCGCGGUGUUGGCCCAUCAUUCUGCUUCUUCAGAGAUCCCCCAGCAGCUCCUGUAUGAUGACUCACAGGUUUUAUCUCAUUCCAGUCUGGAGGGAGACAGAAAGAAAUCUUCCAUUAUAGCAGACAGAGAGAGAGCACAGAUGACCGAAGACAAUCCCACCCUAGGAGAGCAUUUGAAUGCAGAAAGAAUUCUGGAUCAUGAUCGAGUGAUUGGCGGCAGUGUGAUGUCAUCAGUGAAGGAGCCGGAAUGGCAAAGAACUGCAGGUGCAGACCCUCCAAUAUCCUAUGAUAUCAACUUUAUCGAGUCGUCCGAUCAGAAGACACAAAAGAGAUCCCAACAGAAACACUCUUUAAAGUUGACCAACCAGACCUCCAGUCCCACUGGCAAUGACGAGGACUCCAUCGCAAAAGUGCUGGAGUGGUUCAACCGCAGCACCGACAACCUCAAGACAUGUGGAAAUAAUGUGGAGAACAUCUGCAAAACACCCAGGAGUUCCAGUGAAGACCAUGCUCAGUCACCCAAAAGAAAUAGUCCAAAUAGUCCUCAUUCUCAAAGACAAAACCAUCCCAGGCAUGAAAGUACCGCAGAGAAGAUCAAGCAACUAAAAUCUUUCUGGGAGCAGGAGACAAGCAAGCCCUCGUAUGAUGGCGGUAAACCCAAAGCCAUGCGGCAUACAAAGCUGAACAAGAGGUUAACUAAAUCAGAGUUCGACCUGAAGAACAUUGGCAACAAUUCAGGCAGCGAUGGAGAAGAUAGAAACUAUUUGAAUGAUUUGCCUCUGAAUCAGAGAAUAGAUAAAAUGUCACCCACACUUGGCGGGAGCCGAGCACAAUUUAACAGUCUGCUGGAGUUCUGGGAUGAUGCCACCACAGACUGCAAGCUCAAAAGCCCCAAAAGACAAUUCAUUACUCCGCAACCACCUCAGGAGUUACAUUAUUCCGAGCCUGAGUCACGCUUGUCUCCCGUUGAAAUGUCUCACGAUAGACAGAUUGUGUCUGCAUUGAAAGCAGCGAACAAAAACAACCUGCCGGAGUUGGGCCCACCAAAGGAACCUAAAAAGAUCUUGAAAGACUCAAGUAUGGAAGACAGAGUCACAAGACCACCACCAACUCCCCCUAAGGAGGUUCAUUGUCCCAGGAGAAAAAAGGACAGCUUCAGCCAUUCCAGCAGUCGCAGCAGGUCUUUGCGUCGUGCUACCAGUAUGUUUGCUCUUGUUGAUCCAGAAGAACCAAGGCUUAAAAGUCUUGUCAGCCCUGUCCACUCCCAAAGCAGGAAGCAAAGUGUCGAUCGCUCUCAGAACAUCGGGCGAGCCUCGGACGGAACCGAGACCCUACUUGCGAGGGCAUUCGUGCCCCGAGACUACAGCCACUACUUGGGGAUGGCCAAUGUGCCGAGCACCCUGGCACCCGACGAGGAGGCUUCUGAGGGCCUUAGCAGACCUGUGAGGACCAGCAUCCUCACGGACUCAGAGGAGCGAGGCUUUAAGAGGAGCACAAAGAUAAGUCCACGCCACGUGUGGACAAAUUGCAACAGUACAGAUGUUGAUUCCAAGUCACCUGUAGGCAGCACAGCCGAAUCCUGGUCUAACACAAGGAACCCCUUGUUAUUGAACUGCAAAAGUGACGAUGACGAGGACAAUCCUGUGAGGAAAGCACUGCGGCGAGCAGAAGUCCGGCCUAAAGGUCUGGCUAAAAGUAUGGAGGACCUAGCAGGGUCUUUAUCAUCAAGACAAGAGAAAGGACAAGAGUUAAAGACAAACCUGAGGCGAACCAUUGACGGUCCCAUGAUGUCCCCUUCUUCACACUUGUUUUCAGACCAGGACCACCUGAAGAAGAUGAGCAAGUCUGUCCCCUUAGUCUUGCAGAGGGAGUUGCGCGGGAGCGCGAUGACUAUGUACAACGGUGACUUCGGUGGCGUCGAGGUGCAAGGGAGCAUCCAGUUCUCCAUCAACUAUGUUCAAAAGCUCAGGGAGUUCCACAUCUUCGUGGCCCAGUGCCGCGACUUGGCGGCCGUCGACCCCAAAAGAGGCCGCUCAGACCCCUAUGUCAAAAGCUACCUUGUUCCUGACAAAAUUCACCUGGGAAAGAAGAAAACGUCUGUGAAGAAGAAGACACUUAAUCCGACUUUUAAUGAGAUCCUCAGGUAUCGUGUUAGCAUAGGCUAUCUCAGGACGCAGACGCUGGUUCUCUCAGUGUGGCAUCAUGACACGUUUGGCCGGAACAACUUCUUGGGGGAAGCGGAUGUGGACCUCUCCAACUGGAACUUUGACCACACCCACAUGAACGACUUUGCCCUGAAACCCAGGUCAACAGCAACCUUGGCGCCCUCAAGUGGACAAGGAGAGAUGAGACUGGCUAUACGCUUCCUGCCUAAGGUCAUCCACAGUGAAGCGAAGGAAGCUCCCACCACCGGAGAGAUUCACAUUUGGGUGAAAGAAUGCAAGAGCCUGCCUUUAAUCAGAGCCACCAUCGACCCUUACGUCAAAUGCUUCAUGCUGCCCGACACGAGCCGCAAAAGUCGUCAAAAGACUCGCAUGCUGAGGAGGACGGCGGAACCCGUGUUCAACCACACUAUGGUGUACGAUGGCAUCAGAGAGGUGGACCUGGCCGAGGCCUGCGUAGAGCUCACCGUCUGGGACCGGGACAAGCUGGCCAGUAGCCUGCUAGGCGGACUCAGGCUCGGAGCUGGCACGGGAAAGAGUUACGGGUCAGCAGUGGACUGGAUGGACUCCACGCCCGACGAGGUGGCGCUGUGGGAGCGCAUGGUGGCGUCACCUAACGAAUGGGCGGAGGGUGUACUGCCCUUGCGCAUGCUGAACUCCAGCAAAACGGCUUUCAAAUAAGUACAAGUACAUUAAUUGUUAUUCCGCUUAAAAAAUAACAUUUGGAAAUUCAUGUGCAAAAAGCCAUAGUGACUUCUUGAUAUUUUCUAUUAAUUUUUCAACGGGCCGAAGAUGAACAAACAACAACAAAGAGAACAAUGAAGUGUCUAAUAAAAAAAAAAAAAAAAUAACAAAUUUAUUCAUUUUGGAUGUGUUAAAAGUCAUUCACCACCGACAAAAAAGGUUUAAAAGGCCCAUUAGUACAUUUGAUGAAUGAAUGAAUGUCAUUGUCGCCUUUCUGUUACUGCAGCUUUCAUCAUGUACACGCUCAUUAAAUCCAGCAGUUCAGCAUUCCUUUCACGUCAGCAACAAUUGGCUUUUUACAAGCAUGGUCAUAGCCAGAGGAUGAUAAGGUCCCACAUUAUGUGUAUGCCAAAGGACAACCACUUGCGCAAAGACAAACAUGACAGACAAUAAUAGAAUAAAAGCCGUAGGAAGAAUAGUAACCGUGACUCGGUUGUAUUCUUAUUUUAGAAAAGUAACAAAGACUUCUGAGACUUCCGUCUACUAAUAAUACAAUAAACCAAACUGGAGAACCAUUUUUGUGUCCUAAAAUUAGACGUUAGUUCAAGGGAUUAAAAUUAAAUAAAUUAUGUGUUAAUUAGAAUAAUUAAAAAAAAAUAAACAUAAUACAUUACUGAGAGGAUUUUUUUGACAAAGUUAUACGGUACGGAAAAAAAUAAACAGAAGUUGAUGUUACGCAGAAGAAUGUACAAAAGAUUAAAAAAUUCAGCAGACCCUAGUCGCCAGCCAAUCGCAGGGCACAUAUAAACAAACAACCAUUUGCGCUUACAUUCACACCUAUGGA